AUAGGAAGUUGACGCUAUAAGUAAGACGCUAUGUCAGAGACGAACAGGGUCCAUUUUAAAAGUCCUGUUGAAGAUGAUAUGUGUCGAACCUUUAGUUCUCUCUCUCCUAACAGUCUUAUCAGUGGUGAUGGGAGAUACCAUUGGCUACCUGGGAGAGUCUGUCACCUUAUCCUCUGGAGCCAAUCCAUCCUGGCACAUCACCAAGAUAACGUGGUCCAUAUACAACAACGACACCUGGAUCGCAACAUUCAGGAGCAGAAAUAGCAACACAGAAUGGUUCGGGAAGUUUAAGAGUCGACUGAGUCUCAACACCUCGUCUGGUGACUUGGAGAUCAGAGAUGUUCAGAGAGGGGAUGAACUGGUUUACUCUGUUCUCCUCACACACAGUCAGGGGGAGCAGCAGAUCAGUAAGGUAUUGCUCACUGUGACAGAGCGUCUCGUUGAGCCUAGUGUUCAAAAGGUCUUCAGCGUUUUGAAGGACGGACACUGUGUGAUGGCUCUUCAGUGCUCCUCAUCGGUGAAGGACACCAGAUUUUCUUGGGAGCCAGAAGCUUCGUUUGAUGGCUCCUUCUGGGGGGGGAGUCCCAACGCCAACGUCUCUGUAGUCUGGACAUCUUACAGCCCCAACAGAAAUGUCAUCUUCAUCUGUACUGCCAGCAACGGGCUCACUAACGCCUCUAAGGUUGUGAGGGAGAUAUGCCAAGAUGAACAGCCAAAGCCUGACGUGGUGGUGGAGGGGGAGAACCGCGUCCCCGGGAUCAUAAAAUUGCUCUUAGGAUUUCUGUUUGGAUGUCUUUUAACGUAUAUUUUCAGAGAGUCCCUCACAUGCUUAUCAAUCAGGUUCAACAAGAGUCGAAGCAUCAACAAGUUGUGUCCUACACUUUCGGGAGUUGAAAAAAACUCCAGCCUACCUAUAGAGAGGAGCUGAACAUCGGAGCUGUCAAACCAAAACUCCAGCCUACCUAUAGAGAGGAGUUGAACAUCGAAGCCGUCAAACCAAAACUCCAGCCUCUGUCACAUGAUCUCAGUAUAUGCAACUUUUCAGGAAAGUUAGGAACCAAUAUGCAAAGGCAGUUAGGAAAGCAAAGGCUAGCUUUUUCAGACUUUUUUUGCAUCCUGUAGUAUAAACUCCAAAAAGUUCUGGGACACUGUAAAGUCCAUGGAGAAUAAGAGCACCUCCUCCCUGCUGCCCACUGCACUGAGGCUAGGAAACACUGUCACCACCGACCGAUAAAUCUACGAUAAUCGAGAAUUUCAAGAAGCAUUUACGGCUGGCUCCAGGUUAUCUAUACGUCUUUGCUAGGUAAAUCCCCGCCUUAUCUCAGCUCACUGGUCACAAUAGCAGCACCCACCCGUAGCACACGCUCCAGCAGGUAUAUUUCACUGGUCACCCUCAAAGCCAACUCCUGCUUUGGCCGCCUUUCCUUCCAGUUCUCUGCUGCCAAUGACUGGAACAAAUUGCAAAAAUCCCUGAAGUUGGAGACUCAUAUCUCCCUCACUAACUUUAAGCAUCAGCUGUCAGAGCAGCUUACAGAUCAUUGCACCUGUACAUAUCCCAUCUGUAAAUAGCCCACCCAACUACCUCAUCCCCAUAUUGUUAUUUUUUCGUUGUUGCUUCAUUGUACAUCAGUAUUUCUACUUGCACAUUCAUCUUCUACUCAUCUAUCACUCCAGUGUUUAAUUGCUAAAUUGUAAUUAUUUUGCCACUGUGGCCUAUAUAUUGUCUCACCUCCCUAAUCUUACUUCAUUUGCACACUAUUGUGUUAUUGACUGUACAUUUGUUUAUUCCAUGUGGAAUUCUGUGUUGUUUCUGUCGCACUGUUUUGCUUUAUCAUGGCCAGGUCUCAGUUGUAAAUGAGAACUUGUUCUCAACUGGCCUACCUGGUUAAAAAAGGUGAAAUAAGGUGAAACAUUUAUAAAAUUAAAUAUACACCUGUUCUGAAAGGCCCCAGAGUCUGCAACACCACUAAGCAAGGGGCACCACCAAGCAAGCGACACCAUGAAGACCAAGGAACUCUCCAAACAGGUCAGAGACAAGUACAGAUCAGGGUUGGGUUAUAAAAAAAUAUCAGAAACUUUGAACAUCACGCGGAGCACCAUUAAAUCCAUUAUUAAAAAAUGGAAAGAAUAUGGGACCACAAUAAACUUGCCAGAGAGUACCACUCACCAAAACUCACAGACUAUGCAAGGAGGACAUUAAUCAGGAAAGCAAAGGCUAGCUUUUUCAAACAGAAAUUUGCAUCCUGUAGCACAAACUCCAAAAAAGGGAGACACCCCAAACAUAUGGAAGAAGGUACUCUGGUCUGAUGAGACUAAAAUUGAGAUUUUUGAAGUGUGAAGCAUGGUGGUGGCAGCAUCAUGCUGUGGGGAUGUUUUUCAUCGGCAGGGACUGGGAAACUGGUCAGAAUUGAAGGAAUGAUGGAUGGUGCAAAGUACAGGGAAAUUCCUGAGGGAAACAUGUUUCAGUGUUCCAGAGAUUUGAGACUGGUACGGAGGUUCACCUUCCAGCAGGACAAUUACCCUAAGCACACUGCUAAAGCAACACUUGAGUGGUGUAAGGGGAAACAUUUUAAUGUCUUGGAAUGGCCUAGUCAAAGCCCAGACCUCAAACCAAUUGAGAAUCUGUGGUAUGACUUAAAGAUUGUUGUACAUCAGCGGAACCCAUCCAACUUGUAGGAGCUAUCCCAGUGGCUCGAUGUGCCAAGCUUAUAGAGACCUACCCCAAGAGACUUGCUGCAAAAGGUGGCUCUACAAAGUAUUAUUGUUUCUCAAUAAAAAAUAUUUUGCAUAUUCAAAGUGGUAGGCAUGUUGUGUAAAUCAAAUGAUACAAACCCCCCCAAAAAAUACAUUUUAAUUCCAGGUUGUAAGGCAACAAAAUAGGAAAAAUGCCAAGGGGGUGAAUCCUUUCGCAAGCCACUGUAUGCUCCCCCACUCAAGCUACUGCCUACCCAUGCUACCCCAAUGCCUUAUCAUCUGAAGCUGUUGAAGCCAAUCAGUUUUUUACAGUGACUUCUUAAAUGGAAGUGCUAUAUAUAAUACAUAUAUUAUUAUUAUUAUUAUUCACACACCUGAAAAUGUAUUUUUAUUUCUGUUGUAAUUAAUGUUUUUCUAUCACUUGAAGGUAGCUUUUCUCAAAUACUGCACUUUUUUCUUUACUGUGAAUCAGUAUAUGAUCUAUGCGUUAUGAUUUCUACAAACCGUUGUAUUUAUUAGGAUGUUCUCUCCCUUUUCUCAAUAUGUAAAGAUGGUAUUAUUGUA